UCUUGAUUUUAGUUUGUAAAAACAUAUUUAAAAGGCGAUUUAUGUUGGAAGAAAAUUUGAUUUUAUUCGGUCGGGACAAAAGAAAAGAAAAAUUUGUUCUGGGCCUCGAACUCCGCUCGGCGAGGAACGGCGACGAGAUCGACUUGGCAGGGAUGCGAUUGAUUGUCGGGCAAUUUGUGUUGAAGUUUUUUAGUCGUCUCUGAAAAGUCUCUCGUAUUCGGCCAGGAAAGGGACGUCGGCCCGUUCUUUAUUCGUCUCUUGUUUAAACCGUCUACGCGACGAAGGGCUCCUUCCUGCAGGGAUGCCGUCCUUCCAAUACCCGCUCUGAGGACUCGUAAAAUUAAGAAAAAAUUAAUUUUCAUGGAUAAUCAAAAUGCCGACGAAGGCGAUUAAGAAAGGUACUGGGAUGAUAAUUCGUAACAGGAAGCCCAUUCUUAAGGACAGCGUUAUGACGAAUUCGGGAGUCGGAGAGCCCAGCGUAUACCACGCCUUGGUGGUUAUAUUCCUUGAGUUUUUCGCAUGGGGCUUACUGACAAUGCCUUUAAUUGAAACUCUCAACACAACCUUUCCAGGGCAUACAUUUUUAAUGAAUGGGCUGAUUAUGGGCAUAAAGGGAAUUCUGUCAUUUUUGAGCGCUCCUUUGAUCGGCGCACUGUCGGAUGUUUGGGGAAGGAAGUUUUUUCUUUUAAUAACUGUAUUCUUCACUUGCGCUCCAAUUCCGUUAAUGACUAUCAACACUUGGUGGUUUUUUGCAAUGAUCAGCAUCUCCGGGGUAUUCGCUGUAACGUUCUCCGUUGUUUUUGCCUAUGUAGCAGACGUUACUGAAGAGCAUGAAAGAAGCCUCGCAUAUGGAUUGGUUUCUGCUACUUUUGCUGCAAGCAUGGUUAUCAGCCCUGCGCUAGGUGCUUACAUCAUGCGCAUAUACAGUGAAAGUGUCGUCGUUGCACUUGCAACCGCAAUUGCGCUGUUAGAUGUAUUCUUUAUUCUUGUCGCAGUACCUGAAAGCCUGCCUGAAAAAGUCCGGCCAUCAUCAUGGGGUGCUCCGAUUUCAUGGGAACAAGCUGAUCCAUUUGCUGCUCUUCGAAAGGUUGGUAAAGACAGGACCGUUCUCAUGUUGUGCGUGACGGUUUUUCUGUCAUAUUUACCAGAAGCAGGACAAUACUCGUGUAUUUUUAUGUACCUUAAACUUGUGAUGAAAUUCAGCGAUGUUAUGGUUGCUGUAUUUAUAGCCAUUGUCGGGAUUUUAUCUGUUAUGGCUCAACUCGUCUUAGGCAUUCUUAUGAGGUCUCUCGGAAGUAAACAUACAAUAAUGCUCGGCCUAUUGUUUGAAUUGCUCCAGUUGAUGUGGUACGGCUUUGGAUCUCAAAAUUGGAUGAUGUGGGCAGCUGGAUUAUUAGCGUCGAUUUCAAGUAUUACAUAUCCUGCCAUUAGCGCUUUUGUCUCGAUGCACUCAGAUGCGGAUAAACAAGGGCUGGUCCAAGGUAUGGUUACAGGGAUGAGAGGAUUAUGCACUGGCCUCGGUCCGGCUAUGUUCGGAAUCAUAUUCUACCUUUUUCAUGUCGAUCUCAAUUAUAACACAUUGAAACAUGAUAACAAUACUUCAGGCCAACAUAUAGAUGUUACUCCAACAUUGCAGGAACCAGUUUGGAACGUUAUUCAACAGUUGGUUCCAGGACCUCCAUUUGUGUUUGGAGCUUUUCUAGUCAUAUGUGCUCUUCUUGUAGCUGCUUUUAUACCUGAGAGUACAAGUCAAGCUCUCACUUUAAGGCCAACAACAAGGAGACAGUCAGGAUUAUCAAUGGAAGUGCAUUAUGAGAUGGAAAGGUCUAAAAAGCACGACGGCCUCAGUCCCCUGUCUCCUCUUGUCGACAAUUCUGCCCUCUUAUAAAUAAUUAGGUAAGUUCCAAAACUACUUUUAAUUUAAAUAUACGGUCGCCAUCAAAUAGUCCACAACUUCCUAGAAUUUUGACAUUCACUAAAAAAUUGACUCAAGUAUUAGCGAUGUACAUUCAUAUUAAUUAGAUUAAUGCCUUGUUUUAAUUUUUUAAAAUUAAAGAUGUGUGACACUUUUUCUAUUUGUACAUGGCAUUGGUUGUGAUUGAAAUUAUUCUAGUUUAUCCUAUUUAUUUUGUAUCAUGGAAAAUGUUACUUUGUUAACAAUAGCACAAAAAAUACAUUUUUUUUUUCAAUCCCACCCAACUAAGGUUGUUUUGAAUUGUUGAAUGGAUUCAACAAAAAACUUGAAUUAUUGGAAACCAAAGCUAGCUAAUUGUAAAUAUAUUAUUAGUUGCUAUUAAGGUUAUAAAAUUAGAUUUUCACUGCCUAGUCUCAGCUUUUCUUUAGGCACUUCCAAUAAAAAUUGUAUACCCAAAAACUUAGUAACCAAAGCUUUAAAAGGGGACACAAAUUUUUUCACAAGUGAAUCGGAGGAUUUUUUGACACUCGAUGGAAUGCAACCAUGGAAAUUUUGGUGGACCUUUUAAUAUGAAUUGUUUGGAAGGUGUCAAUAUUCAUCAAUUUUGGCGCUUCAUCUUUCCUUUACAAAAAAAAAGGUAAAAAAAAGGAUUCAAUUUCUUCAUAUUGAAAAACUUUAUAUAAUUGUUUUGUUUUGUAACACUUUAUUACUUAUUGUCAAAAAUAAGUUAAGGAUAAAUAAUAAUUUAUUGCUAGAGUUUAAAAGCAAUAACUAAUUUGUGAUAAAGGAAAAAUAUAAUUGAGUUUUAUUAACACUUGUAAUUGUUUAAAAAAAAUUAAAAUCCUCUGGUUCACUAUAAUUCUAUUUGCUAUACUAAAGAGUACAAUGAAAGUUUUCAAAUGGGAGUGCUUUAUCGAAAUUUUUGGAUUAGACUUUAAAACGGGCUAUGAAAUAAAAUAUUGCAAAAUGUUGGUAAUAAAAGAGGCUCAGCUGGAUUUGUUGAGCUGUAGUGAUAUUUGCUUUUCCUUGGGCAUUAUUUUAACCAAGAAAUUAGGAAGAAACGGUGUUGAUCACGAUAAUUAAUAAGUAAUUAUGGUAAUGUAAUGCUUUAGUUUAAAAAAAAAAUAAAAAAAAAAAAAAUAAAGUAAAAUAAAAAUAAAGAGUAUGUAUGUAACUUCCAGAACUGUUCUGAGAUUUGUCACUUUUCGAGAGAAAAAAAUGUUGCUCUUUUAUUUUAUUUUAACUCCUGUGAUUUUUGUUUGUGCAGUAAAUGAAACUACAGUAAUUUUAAAGUCAGGUUUGUCUAUAAAUCAGGUUUCUUCUGUGAAUAAAAUAUGAUAAAACUUAUUCCAUUUAAUGUAUUUAUACUUUAUAUGUUAUAAUGCUGCCAGUGUGAUAUUGUCUGGAUAAACGUACAAGGACAGUUCACUCUUCUUCUUAAAUGUACUUUUCCAUUAGAAAAAAAAAAGAAGGAACUUUGUUCUGUCUUAUACAUCUCAUAUAAGUGUACUAAGAGAAUUGCGUUGAAUCAAAGAUUUAUAGGCUAGCAUCAGGUUCAUUCAUUCCUGGCCAUUUUUUUUUCUCUCUGCCUAUCAGCAUUAGCGAAGCAAUUUUGAUAAGAUUUUUUUACAAUGUUUCACUCACUGCACAAAAUAAGCAACUGAACAGACAAAAUGUAAUUACUUUUCUGAACACUUAUUUCACUGUUAAACAAGAAAUUUAUCGUAAGAAAUUUGUUUAAGAAAAGUAGUUUUUUUCUGACAUUCCUGUAAAUAUUUUUAUCCCCAUCUGUGAAAGAGAUUGUGAAAUAUUUCUCUUAAUUUGUAAAUACAUAGUUGUUAAAUUCAAAGUAUUAUGACUUUUUCUUGUUUGAUUUUUUUUUUAAAUAAAAUUUUCCUUCAGUUUACGAAUGUAGAAUUUUAAAAAUAUUAUUACCAAAUACAAUUAUAAAAAAUAUAAAAGUUGUAUCAAUUUGUGUAAUUGUAUUAAUAAUUAUAAGAAAUUGUACAGGUAGCUGAUGUGGUUUAGAAAUGGGAUUUGUUAUGAGAUGGAAGCGAGGAUUUUUCUCAUUCACAAUUUAUACAUUGUUGUCUAAUAUGUUACAUUUAUUAUAUUAAAUAAGUGUUCACUUAUUUUAUACACAGGAUGAAAAACAAUUAUACAGUAGAUCAUCAAAUAGUUAUGAGCUUUCAUGACUAAUUUAAACAUUGGUGGUGUUUUUCUCAUUGUUCCCUGUACGAAAAUAUCUCAGUGUUCUACUGUUUUUUCUUUUCAAUUUUUCCCAUGUUUAUCUACCGAUGACUUCAGUAAGCGGGUACUUAAAAGUUAUAUUGUAAAUAAUUGUAAAGUGUUUGUUUGAUCUUUGUUGAAUUUUUUUUUUAAACUUUCUUGUUAAUAGAUGUUUGGAAAUUGUAAAAAAAAAAAAAAAAGAAUCUUUCACAAUUUUUUUGUUCCAGUUUAUAUAUAUAUAGAUAUCCUUUAAAGAUAUGUAUAUAUCUUUAAAUGAGAUCUCUUGUAAAUUGACUUUACGUACAUAAUUGACUUAUUAGUCUCAAAGUUCUAAGAGAAUUAUAUAUUUUAAGCAUUUCAAGAUAUAUUUUAAUGAAAUUAUAUUUAAACAAUAUGAUAAAUAUAAAAACGACCUUGGCCCAUCUGGUUGCUGUGUAUAAAGUGUGAAUGAAUACGCUUUUUCUACUAAAUUGCUGUUCUAGAGAGAAAAAAAA